UCAGCGUCUAACGGAGUGUUUUCUGUCCCCGGCAGGACGGCCUUAGCGAGAUUUCGCCAGGCUCAACUGGAAGAAGGAAAAGUGAAGGAACGGAGACCCUUUCUCGCCUCGGAGUGUACCGAGCUGCCCAAGGCUGAGAAGUGGAGACGGCAGAUCAUUGGAGAGAUAUCUAAAAAAGUUGCUCAGAUUCAGAAUGCUGGUUUGGGCGAAUUCCGCAUCCGGGACCUCAACGACGAGAUUAACAAGCUGCUCAGGGAGAAGGGACACUGGGAAGUCCGGAUUAAGGAGCUGGGUGGUCCGGAUUACGGAAAAGUCGGCCCCAAAAUGCUGGACCACGAAGGUAAAGAAGUUCCAGGAAACCGAGGCUACAAGUACUUCGGAGCAGCCAAAGAUUUACCCGGUGUCAGAGAGUUAUUUGAAAAAGAACCUCUUCCCCCUCCCAGAAAGACCCGGGCCGAGCUCAUGAAGGCCAUCGACUUCGAGUACUACGGCUACCUGGACGAGGACGACGGGGUCAUUGUCCCUCUGGAACAGGAAUACGAGAAGAAACUGCGGGUGCGGCUGGCGGACAGGUGGAGGUCAGAGCGGGAGGCCCGGCUGGCCCGAGGCGAGAAGGAGGAGGAGGAGGAGGAGGAAGAGGAGGCGAACAUCUACGCGGUCACCGAGGAGGAGUCGGACGAGGAGGGCAGCCAGGACAGAGCGGGGGAGGACGGGCAGCAGAAGUUCAUCGCUCACGUCCCCGUACCGUCCCAGCAAGAGAUCGAGGAGGCCCUGGUUCGCAGGAAGAAGAUGGAACUCCUGCACAAGUACGCCAGCGAGACCCUCCAGGCCCAGAGCGAGGAAGCCAGGAGACUGCUGGGCUACUGAGUAUCGGGCGCCGUUUUCCCCCCUGCGUUCUGGAAGAUUCCACGGCCCCUCGCGGGGCCUCGACGAGUCCGGGACGCCAGCGGCGAGGUUCCCUGCUCCUUUCCGGUCCUUUCUUUGUUUCCCAUUUCUCUCUGGUCUUGGGGUCCCCGCCGGGGAAUGUUCCAGACUCCACCUUUGCCUGCCGCGCCGACGACCCGUUUAUUUUUAUCUUGCAGUCGGCAAGGCGGGCGCCCGAGUGUCUGUGAUUCCGCCCCGUAACUCCGGGGGCUGGGAAGGAUCCCUCGUGGUGGAGGCUGACGUUUAUAAAAACAAAACAAAACACCAAAAA